AUGUUCAACAAUUUCAGAAAGCACAACUUCGACUUGACGAACGGACCAGGCGAAAGACAAGGAAGAACAGCUUCUACCAGUCGGAACGUAAGAAGGAAACGAAAAGACAGCCUGGAGGGCUCCAGGCGCCCGCAUCGCUCCGGUCAGCUUCCCCGCCCCGGAAAGACGAAAAGAAAUGUAUGGCGUGACCCGAUGCGUACCAGCGGCGCAGCCUCUGCACGCAACCUCGCAUGUGUUCUCGCUCCAGAGGAAUUGAGACCCGAGCCCGCCUCUGUCAAAAUGCGAGAUUUGUCCCUCGCCUGGACCGUUCUAUUCGGGCACGCCUCGACUUUACCCGACAGCCUGGGCAGUCCCUCCCGUGUUUCCGCAUACAUGGGAUACGCGGCCUGUUAUGCGAGACGAGAGAUGCUAUUGAUCAGAAAGGUAUCAAGAUGA